UGAAAAAUUAUAUAUUUUUGCAACCAAUCUUUCUGUUAAGUUAUUUAAAUUUAAAGAUUGUGUUUUCACUUGAUUUCGGCUUUGAGAUAAAAGAAACAGAAAAAAGAAAUCUAGAUUCAACUAACUUUUCUAUCAAAAAUGAAAAAUACAUCAUGAUUAUUGACGCGGGCAGCAGUGGAAGCCGAAUAUUUGUUUACAAAUAUUAUUUUCGCGUGCCCAAUUCUUCGAAUAGUGCUAAUAAUUCUAAAGAAAAAACAUAUUCGAAUCUUAAUGAUUCAAAAUUAGACCUAUCUCAGAAGUUUUCUAUCGAUUACUUGAAAGUGGAAUUGGCCAGGGAUCCUGAUAAUUCGAAUAAAACAUUAGUACGAAAGAUAUCCCCUGGGCUAUCAUCAUUGGCAAAAAAUGCUACCUAUUCAGCGGAAUACCUAUUUAAAUUGAUAGAUUCUGUCAUGGUAAAAAUACCCCUUAAAAAAUAUCAUGAUAUCCCACUGUACAUAAUGGCGACAGCAGGCAUGAGAUUGGUUUCACACAUGGAACAAGAGGCUAUACUGAAAGAUAUUAGACAUGAUAUUGCAAUGAGGUAUCCUCAAUUAUUUUUCCCAGCUUCGCAUAUCCAAAUUAUAAGCGGAAAAAUGGAAGCGGUGUACGCGUGGAUAGCUAUGAAUUACAUACUUGGAAAUUUCGAUAAACAUGCAAAAAGUACUGUGGGUAUAUUAGAAAUGGGAGGAGCAUCCCUUCAAAUAGCUUACGAAGUUCCACAUAAUUAUUCCACGUUUGUUUAUAAAAACUCUAAAAAUACGAGCAAAGAACAAGUCAAUGAAAUCGUUGCAAAUUCUAUUUAUCAAUUAAACUUAAGCGGCCGAAUUCCAAACGGGGCUAUCAAAAAGAAGAAAUAUUAUGAUGUUUAUGUUAAAUCUUUCCUAGGAUUUGGUGUCAAUCAAACCAUUGAUAUUUAUAAAAAGAGUGUGAUGUUGAAAUAUCUACAGAUUCUCAAGAAUAAGAAUAAAACAAGUGGUGACUCGGUGCAAAUUCAGGAUCCCUGCUAUCCUGUUGGUUACACAUACAAGUUACGAGUUGAUAAUUCUGUUCAUAAUAAUACAACCAAUAAAAUUAACAUUACGGGCACUGGGAACUUUAAAUCAUGCCAUAAAUCUCUUAUCCCUUUAUUAAAAUUAAACUCCGAAUGUUCGUUAGAACCUUGUUCUCUAGACGGUGUACAUCAUCCAAUCGGAUUUUAUGCUCAACUACCUAAUCAUACUUUAUUACCUAAGUUUUAUGGAAUAUCGGAAUUUUUAUAUUCUCAUGCUAUUUUAGAGCUCAACGACAUAUAUAAUUCGAAGGCUUUUAAAGAUAAAGCUGUCAGGUAUUGCGCAACCCCAUAUAAUCCAAUUUUAAAGGCCUAUAAAAAACAUUUAUUGUUGAAUGUGAAUAGUGCUUAUGGUAAGAACUCAAUUAUCAAUCAAUGCAUCAAAGCAGUUUGGAUUUAUACUGUCUUACAUGAUGGUUUUGAAUUUCCAAAAGAUCAGGACAUUCUAGAAUCGGUGGACCUUGUCAAAGGAAAAGAAGUUAGCUGGACUCUAGGAGCCAUUAUUCAUACUAUAUUAUACGAUUUAUCUUAAAGAUUAAAUUUGGAAAUGUAAUUUUCACACUAUUUAAAGUUCAUGGAACGAUUUCAAUAUUUAAAGAAUAAAAGAAACCUAUAAAAGAGUCUUCCAUCUAUUUUCUCAAAAUAAUUUUAUCUUAAAAGAAAAUCAUACAAAAUAACUCACUGUUCUAUUGUUA